AUGAAGGCUCACACUGCACGAACGCCUGGGGUAUCCAGUCCCCAUCAUCUAUCAAGACGACCUUCACGAACUGUCACGAAAUCAACGACACCCCUUACCUCACCUCGCGCCGCCUGUUCCGUCGGCCAAACCCAUCCGCCCAGGGGUUCUCCUGGCCGCCGAGCACAAGCACGCGCCCCAAGUCCCAACUACUUUGGCCUGGUCAUUGACUCCAAUGCCGAGGGAGCCGAGUCCUCCGCCCCUGGGAAACACAACUGGAGUCCCGCGGGCUCAUCAAUCAAGUCCUUCGCCGCCGCCCUGCCCAAGACGGUACCUCUUGAACCCAACUCCGAGUUCGAAGCUUUCAAAAGGCAGGCAGACCGCAAUUUCGGCCCCUCCUCUGCCCUCCCAACAGCUAGCCAUGUCCCCUCUGCAUCUGCGCACAUGGCCCGCCCUCGACCGGCGCGCUGGCACUCCCAUAGUCAUGAGCCUGCCACUGAACCGUCGUCAUUUCGACUGGCGCUGAAUAGAAUCCGCGCCGAUAUGGGCCCAAUAAAGAAGCCCGAGGUUGACCACAGCACCUUGCACGAUUCUGCAUAUGUAUCAUUGGACUCGAAACGAAACUCUGAUAUGUCUCUAAAACUACCUCAUAUUGCACCCCCCCCACGCGUUGCGUCGCCGCUCCCUAUCGAGGAAAUUAAGCAGCAGCUUCCACAGUCAUCGGAUCAGCCAGCAACGAUGGAGCAAUACCGCGAUGACCGAUUCUCACUUAACGAACCUCCAUCACGACGUUCAUCACAAAGCAUCAGUAACCUGGCAAGGGCCUCCACUCUACCUAUGAAGCUCGAUACCGCCCAGAGCCCUUUUAUCGCUGGCGAGCAGCUCGUCAAUAUCAUGGAAACGGCCAUGGACAGUAUUCUUCUCCUUGAUGUUCGUUCAGUCCAAAACUUCUCCCAAAGCCGCAUCAAGCAUGCCCUCAACCUUUGUAUUCCAACGACGCUGUUGAAGCGCGCGACCUUUGGCAUCGAAAAGCUCCAGCAAACCUUCCAGGAUAGCAUCAACUCGACAAGAUUCAACCGCUGGAGGGAUAUGCAAUGGAUCAUUGUUUACGAUAGCAACGCCUCCGACAACCGGGAUGCUAUCACACCACAGAGCAUGAUUAAGAAGUUCGCCGCAGCGAAUUACUCGGGAAAAACUGCUAUACUUCGCGGAGGCUUCAAUCUUUUCCGACAGUCAUUUCCCAACUUUGUAGACAACGAGGCAGCCUCAGCACCCGCCACGAAAUCACAUUCGGCAACUUCGAAUAGCAAUGGUAUUGCGCCCGUCAUUGGAGGUGUCAUGCUACCAAAUUGCAUGCGGGAGCCAACUCCGUUCUUUUCCAAUAUUCGCCAAAAUAUGGACCUCGCAGACGGUGUUGGUCAGUUUGAUGUACACUUGCCCGAUGGCCUCGAAGCUUCAUUGCUCCCUACCUGGCUGCGCGAGGCCGCUGCGCCUGGGAACCACGGCAAGAAUGUAUCCGACAAGUUUCUGCACAUUGAACAAGAGGAGCAAUCGCGGAUGAGGGGAGCGUAUGCCGCGUUCAACCCCAACCACGCACAAUCUGCAAACAAUGUCCAGCUUUGCGGUGUGGAAAAGGGCGUCAAGAACAGGUACAAAGACAUCCUUCCGUUUGAGCAUAGCAGAGUCCGUCUGCAAAACAAGACGUCUAGUGGCUGUGACUAUGUCAAUGCCAGCAACCUCUCGGCUUCGCGUAGCAACAAGAAGUACAUUGCCACGCAGGGUCCUUUGCCAGCCACUUUUGAAGAUUUCUGGUCUGUCAUCUGGGAACAGGAUGUUCGUGUCAUUGUCAUGCUGACGGCGACGACGGAAGGCGGGCAGCUCAAAUGCCACCCGUAUUGGGAAGGUCGCGAGUUUGGGCCCUUUCGGCUGCGACCCCUGUCCGAGAAGAAGGCUUCGCUUGACACGGAUAAAUAUAAAUCUGACUCCAACAGCACGCCGGCCUCAAACGCGUCUGAACGUGGCCGGCGUCGAGCCAACACCACGACGGCAUUCGACGCGGCACCGAGCCAUUCACCCACAGAAGAGGCGCCAUACGUCGUCAUCCGCAAAUUUGCGCUCUCGCACUCGUCCCAACCCUUUGCACCCAUCCGCGAGAUUACUCACCUGGACUUUCCAGGUUGGCCCGACUUUGGGGCUCCCGCUAAGCCGUCGCACCUCCUUGCGCUCGUGGAACUGGCCAACGUCAUGCAGCGCGCUGCUCGGCCCGUAGAGACCAGCGCUGUCGUUGAUUCGCACAGGACGAUGGACGGCGCACCGUCCAUCCAGUGGCACGACGAACCAGAGGCGGAUGAGGACUGCCGGCCCAUGCUGGUUCACUGCUCCGCGGGCUGCGGCCGCACUGGCGCGUUCUGCACCGUCGACAGCGUCGUCGACAUGCUGAAGCGAAAGCGCCAAGCAGACCUCACCGGAAUUGUGGCCAAGGAUACAGAGGGCGAUGUGAAGAUGUUCAACCCUUCCGAGGCACUUUCGCCCCUGUCGGCCUCCGGUUCUUACUUUCAGCUGGACCAGUGUCCCACAGCCAGCCAACUCGCCAACUUGCCCCAUCAGAAGCGCAACUCGGCGGCGCUGGACACCACGUGGCUGAAUGACGACUCGAUCGACUUGGUCCAGAUGACGGUCCAAGACUUUCGACAGCAGCGUCUGAGCACGGUGCAAAGCCUGCGGCAAUACGUGCUCUGUUACGAGACGGUUUUGGAAUGGAUGCAGUGCAUGCAGGACAAAACGGCCAGCACCACGGCUGGACGGAAGCGCAGUGGCAGCUUGACGCUGACACUGCCUCACUAA